CUUUGGGAGAUGAGCUAGGCCAUAAGCCCUUCUAGCUGCUAAAGCUCCUUUUCAAGCUAUUCUCUCCCCAACUGUUCAUUCACAUAAAUCUCUCUCUCCCUCUCCCUCUCUUUCUCUCCAAACCCAACACUGCAAUUAAAAUUUACAGCAGUUUUCAAUCUAUAUUACUCGGUUCUAGCUGAAUUAGCCAGUCUGGGUUUCUUCAUUUAUUCCUUAAAAGUUGAGAUUACCAAAUAUUUGGAAUAAUAUUGAUAGAUCAGCUAGCCAUGGCGGAAGUGAGAGCUGCACGUUCACCAGAAUCAGCAGGGAUCAACAGCAGAUCGAACAAGCACAACCUCCCCAACUUCCUCCUCUCCGUCAGACUGAAGUACGUGAAGCUGGGCUACCACUACUUAAUCUCCCACGCCAUGUACCUCUUGCUCACGCCGCUCCUCGCCGCCGUCACAGCUCACCUCUCCACCCUCACCCUCGACGACUUCCUCCACCUCUGGAACCACCUCAAAUUCAACCUGGUCACCGUCGUACUCGGCUCCACCCUCAUCGUCUUCCUCGCCACCCUCUACUUCAUGAGCCGCCCCCGCCAGGUCUACCUCUUGGACUUCGCCUGCUACAAGCCCGACCCCGCCCGGAUAUGCAGCCGCGAAGUGUUCCUAAAGCGGUCGGCGCUGACGGGGACGUUCUCGGCGGAGAACUUGGCGUUCCAGAAGAAGCUGAUGACGCGGUCGGGGCUGGGGCAGAAGACGUACUUGCCGGAGGCGGUGAUGCGGGUGCCGCCGAACCCGUGCAUGGCGGAGGCGAGGAAGGAGGCGGAGACGGUGAUGUUCGGGGCCAUCGACGAGCUGCUGGCGAAGACGGGGGUGAAGGCCAAGGAUAUUGGGAUACUGGUAGUAAACUGCAGCUUGUUCAAUCCGACGCCGUCGCUUUCGGCGAUGGUGGUCAACCAUUACAAGCUGAGGGGGAACAUUCUGAGUUAUAAUCUGGGCGGGAUGGGGUGCAGCGCCGGGCUAAUUUCCAUUGACCUUGCCAAGCAGCUUUUGCAGGUGCACCCCAACUCGUACGCCCUGGUAGUCAGCAUGGAGAACAUCACCCUGAACUGGUACUUCGGCAACAACCGCUCCAUGCUCCUCCCGAACUGCCUCUUCCGCAUGGGCGGCGCUGCCAUCCUCCUCUCCAACCGCCCCUCCGACCGCCGCCGCUCCAAGUACCGGCUCAUCCACACCGUCCGCACCCACAAGGGCUCCGACGACAAGUGCUACCGCUGCGUCUUCCAGCACGAGGACGACGACCGCAACGUCGGUGUCGCCCUCUCCAAAGAUCUCAUGGCUGUCGCUGGCGAGACCCUCAAGACCAACAUCACCACCCUCGGCCCCCUCGUCCUCCCUAUCUCCGAGCAACUCCUCUUCUUCGCCACCCUCGUCGCCCGCAAAAUCCUCAAGAUCAAAAUCAAACCCUACAUUCCCGACUUCAAGCUAGCCUUCGAACAUUUCUGCAUCCACGCCGGCGGCCGCGCGGUUCUCGACGAGGUGGAGAAGAACCUCGACCUCUCCGACCGGCACAUGGAACCUUCUAGAAUGACGCUGUACAGGUUCGGCAACACUUCCAGCAGCUCUCUGUGGUACGAGCUGGCUUACUCGGAGGCCAAGGGGAGGAUCCGAAAGGGUGAUCGGACGUGGCAGAUCGCUUUCGGAUCCGGGUUCAAGUGUAACAGCGCCGUGUGGCGGGCGCUCCGGACCGUCGAUCCGUCCAAGGAGAAGAACCCCUGGACGGACGAGAUUGAUGGGUUUCCUGUUCAUGUGCCUGAAGAGGCAACUCUGGAUGGAACUUCUUAAAAGGUGGUGCCAGUGUUUGGUGUCUAUAAUUAAUUGUAAAACUUCAAUGGGCGGCUGCAGCAGACAACCCGGUCAUAUUAUCAUUAAUUGUUCCUCGGGUUUGUUUAUUGUUAUAAAUAAUAUGCUAAUAAUUAUUAUUAUUAUUUUUAUUUUUUUUUUGCUUUUGUUUUUUAAAGGUUCAAUUCUAAAUUCUGUAUGUUAAUUGAGAAGGGCAAUGGUCAAUUGUGAUUUAUUAAUACACGAAUUAAAGCAUUGUUAUGGAUUGGACA